AAAGAUUGCGCCUAUCCGACAACAUAAAAAAACGUUGUGUUCGGAAAUUCAUAAUAAAAUAUAUAUUUACUGAAAAUAUAAUUAUUAUAAUUUAAAGGGAAUUGGAUUACACAGAAUCUAUAAGAAGAUUUUUCUGUGGUCAUCUUAAAACAAAAUGAGUUAGUGCAAAAACAAAAGAUCAAGUUAGUUGCCAGCCAUUGUUACUGAAGAAUAAGAAGUCAUAACAAGAUGUCAAAUGUCGAGACUAAUAACAAUAUGAAACAGGAGAAGAUACAAGACGUAGAAAAGGGUAAAAAUAAAGAAAAUAAAUCAACUGCAACCUGGUUAAGGAUCUUAAUAAUGAUAUUUGCCCUGGCCGUGUGGGGUGCGGCGACCGCUGUCAUUUGGUUACUAGUGAGCUGGCAGGUAGCUGUGGGGGUUUGUGCUGGAAUAUUUAUUGUAUACAUAAUAGUCUACUUCUAUAAAUGGAUCUGGGUUGCUGUCAGAACUGCACCGAGAGAUUUCAAGGCACUGUACUGCUACAUAAAGAUUUUAAGACUGUCAAGUAACUUAACAAAGAAAAAUUGGUCUAUGCCAGACAUCUUCCACGACGUAGUCAAAAAGCAUCCGAAGAAAGCCUGCUUUCUUUUUGAAGAUGAAGUGUGGACAUUCCAACAGGUGGAAGAAUUUAGUCUUCGGGUGUCAGCAGUUUUAAGAGCGCAAGGUGUCCGUAGGGGAGACACGGUAGCUCUAAUGGCCAGCAACUACCCCGAGAUGCCCGCUAUCUGGCUCGGUGUUACACGCAUCGGAGCAGUUUCCCCACUCAUCAACACAAAUCAAACAGGGAACACUCUACUUCACUCCAUUAAUAUCGCAAAAUGCGAUUACGUUAUAUACGGAAGCGAGUUCGAGUCAGCCAUACAAGAUGUAAGAAAAGAGAUACCCAAUAAUAUUAAGUUAUUGAAAUUUACUCGUCGGCCAUUAAAUGCGAGUGAUGGUAUGAAGACUGCGGAAUCACCAGAAGACUUCACUCACCUGUUGGAGACCACCCCACCAGCGCCUUGGUCACUUACCGAAGGCGAGGGCUUCCUCGGAAAGUUACUAUAUAUAUACACUUCUGGUACAACUGGAUUACCAAAAGCAGCAGUGAUUUCACCUUCCAGAAUGGUGUUCAUGGCGUCGGGAGUACACUUUUUGGGAGGUUUAAACAGAAAAGACGUUAUAUACUGCCCCAUGCCGCUGUACCAUUCAGCUGGAGGAGUUAUCACUAUGGGUCAGGCGAUGAUCUUUGGCUGUACAGUUGCAUUAAAAUUGAAGUUCUCCGCCUCGGCGUAUUUCCCUGAUUGUAUUAAAUAUAAGGCUACUGCGGCGCACUACAUAGGUGAGAUGUGCCGGUAUGUGCUGGCGACCCCGCCGUCACCAAACGACAGGAAGCAUACGGUGCGAUGUGUUUACGGCAACGGAAUGAGGCCUACGAUUUGGAUGGAUUUCGUUAAUCGUUUCGGUAUAAAGAGAGUAGCAGAGUUUUACGGCGCCACAGAAGGAAAUGCAAAUAUCGUGAACAUUGACAGCAAGCCAGGAGCCAUUGGGUUCAUUUCACGUAUUAUCCCUGCUGUGUACCCGAUUGCUAUUAUUAAAGUCGAUGAAGACACAGGGGAACCGAUAAGAGACUCGCGAGGAUUGUGUCAGACAGCCAAACCUUACGAGCCAGGUGUAUUCAUUGGCAAAAUAAAACCGAACAACCCGUCACGUGCUUUCCUUGGAUAUGUUGAUAAAGAAGCUUCUGAAAAGAAGAUUGUCAGAGAUGUUCUCGCACAUGGCGAUUCCGCGUUUAUAUCCGGUGAUAUCCUCGUUGCGGACGAUCUCGGCUACUUAUAUUUCCGCGAUCGCACCGGAGACACGUUCAGGUGGCGCGGAGAGAACGUCAGCACCACGGAGGUGGAGGCCGCCAUCUCUAGAGUCGCUGAUCAAAGGGAUGCCGUCGUUUAUGGAGUGGAGAUACCAAAUACUGACGGUAGAGCGGGAAUGUGCGGAAUCGUGGAUGCCGAUGGAACUUUGGAUUUAGAAAAACUCGCCAAAGAUAUUGCAAAAGAUCUACCAAAAUAUGCCAGACCCAUUUUCAUAAGAAUUAUGCAUUCGAUGGAUAUGACGGCUACUUUCAAACUGAGAAAAGUCGACUUACAAAAAGAAGGAUAUAAUCCGAACACUGUCAGAGACAAACUGUAUUACUUGGAUCCGAAGCACAACAGAUAUAUGAGUCUCGGCCCUGAAGAAUAUGAAAAAAUAAUAUCCGGACAAAUAAGACUGUGAUUUCCUUAAUGUAAUACUAUUGUUACAGUGCCUUUUAAUUUUUAAUUUUAUAUAAAUGUUAAUAGUAAUAAAAAUAUUUUUGUUUUGACUGAGUUUGUAUGGCUUAUUAUAUUUACAAAAAAAAAUUACCGGCCAUAUUAUUUUUUUAUACAAUGAACAAGGUAAUUUAAUUUUAUACAAUAUGUAUGUACAUAUAUAUUUUAAAAAAGACUAUUUUUAUCAUAUUAGGGUUCCUCACGUAUUUAAUAAUAAUUAAAUAUGAAGGGUUACAAAAAAAAUACAUAUAUUUGUUUGUUUCUAAAUGAUAUCGUUGUUAUCUUGAACAAUUGAUUAUUGAAAUAUAUCAUAACUUCAAAUAUUGAAAAAUAAUGUGGUGGUGGUUCAAUUACAAGAACUCAGAGUUGCAUAAAUGAAGCUGUGAUUUAAUUCUUAUUUUAUAUACUUCUUAAGAAUAGCAAAAACAAUAUUGUAGUUUAUGGAUAUACUUAUAUGUAUUUUAAUAAAACAUUUUUGAUUAUAUAA